UUGGACAGCAGGGAAGUCACAAGACUCUAGGAAAAAAAAAAAAAAUCCAGCAGGCAGGCAGGCAGGCAGGGAGGGAGACACAGGGAAAGCUUGAGACUGCUGGGAAAAUGAGUGAAUCGUUGGUCGUGUGCGACGUCGACGGAGACUUAGUGGAGAAGUUAAGGCAGUUCCGUUUCCGGAAAGAAACCAGCAACGCUGCCAUUAUAAUGAAGAUUGACAAAGACAAACAGCUGGUCAUCUUGGACGAGGAAUAUGAGGACAUUUCUCCAGAUGACCUAAAGGAUGAGCUUCCAGAAAGACAACCCAGGUUCAUUGUUUACAGCUACAAGUACCAGCAUGACGAUGGCCGUGUUUCCUACCCUCUCUGCUUCAUCUUCUCCAGCCCAGUCGGGUGCAAACCUGAACAGCAAAUGAUGUACGCAGGGAGCAAGAACAAGCUGGUGAAGACUGUGGAGCUGACGAAGGUGUUUGAAAUCCGGAACACGGAGGACCUGACCGAGGAGUGGCUGCGUGAGAAACUGGGCUUCUUCGGGUAGAGGCUGCAGCCCGGGGCGGGGCGGGGCGGGGCGGGGUGGGGUUGAAGUACCUGUUGUACUUACGGUAUCUUUUCAAACAUUUUGUCUGUGGAAACUUCAGAAUUCAGAAUUCCCCCCACCCCACAUGACUGAGAACAGAGAGAGGAGCUCUGGUAGGACCAGCCCGAUUUAGUGCUACCCUUAAACUGCCUGACCUCGGGUAACAUGGGCUAAUCGGGGGCUGUGAAACCAGGCGUCAGAUUUGUAGCUGUGUUAAUGUUUACAGUGCAAACAUGCAUUCUGGCAUUUUAUUUCAUUUUGGUUUCAUAUUUUUUCUAAAUAUCUUUUUUUAUUUUUUUAUUUUUUUAAUUUCAGUUUUAUUUAACAACCGUUAAAUUGGGGUCCAGACAAACACGUUGUGAACGUGGUGCUGUUGUGGUGAUGUCAUGACAUCUGCACAUGGACACGGAAACACGCACAGGAACAUGCUUUUACUGUCACUAUGGUAAUAGAAUAUGGCGAGAGAAAUGGUGAACUACUGCAGCCCUUUAAAAAUAUUAUCAUCCAAUGGUAUAAGAGAUUACAAUAUUUCUAUUGUCUCCAGAAUUCUGGAAUAAUAUCAAUUUUUCACAAUUUUAAAAAGGCAGGACAGUAAGAAGCUACUUUUGUUUGGGUGUGACAUUUUAGUUUGGGUUCUUCAAGGUUUUCUAACAAAUAAACCAGCAGUUGGCAAUAUAGCCAGAUUUUUGUUUGUUGACAUUCCUAAAAAACUACAUUUCCCAUGAUCCUUUUGUUUGUGGGGUGCCCGGGACAAAGCGUUAAAGCAGGUCCUUAAUCACAGGACUACAUUCAAAUGUUGCUUUUGCUCAGUUUAAUGCAAUUCUCCAACCGUGAUCACAAAUCAGUGCGAGGAAAAUCAGUCUGCCUGAGGCUUUAAUGGGGUCAACGGUAAAGGGAAAUAAAAAACCUAAACGCAAAGUAUUUUAAACGUUUAAUCCAAAACGCCCUGUUUAUGGGGUCUUGUAUAGAUUUUUCUUCAGUUUUUUGAGGGAAAAAAAAGGUAAUUAAUACAAUGUAAACCACUGUAAUUGAGUACAGCAUGAAAAUUGGUGUAAAGUUUGAUAGAAAUACAAAAGUAAAAUACAAAGAUGGCUAUAGAUGCUAAAUCAAGUCUGCUGUUUUGUUGAAAACGCGCGUGAUUGUUUAAAUGGUAAACGUCUGCUUUAAAGAAUCUAUUAAAGGUAGGUGUACUCCCUCAAAUCUGCCCCAGGGAAUUCUGGUGAGAAAAGAUCUGUAGCAAACAGGGUCUUUUCUCACAGCUGUUUGUAUGGGCUUUUCCUUUAGGUCAAACCCUUCAACUAGAACAAUAAUACAGGGGAACAGGACAUUAAAGAAUUCAACAAUGCUCAAGUAAUAAAAAAAAACAUGUACAAUACAAAAUAAACCAACCUUUGAACAAAUGAAUUCUUCCUCUAGUUCCACGUAGUCCAGUCCCCAAAGGAAUGCCCAGGAUUGAGAGGAGAGGAGAGGAGAGGAGAGGAGAGUAACAGGUCUGUGCUUGGGGGUGAUAUGAGAAUGUUUAGCCCCAGCACCAGGGCAGUUGUCAAGAUCACACUACACAGAAGCUCUCUUCUGCUCUUCCAAACUAAUAGUCUGUAGAGCAGGAGUUCUGGAAGAAGACAUUCUUUCCCUUGAAUUACUUGCUCAUAAGAAUAGUGCCAUUUUGAGGUCAGUGAGUUCUUAUUAGUAUUGUUAUUGCAGUGGGGUUUAGGAGCCUGCUCUGACACUUGAAUGCAUGCCCUCCACAUUCAGGACAGUACAGUUGAACCAAGCCCCUCCCUUUGUUCUUGAAUGCACAUGUACUUCAUAGCUUAGCAAUAAGGCAUGCAGUAAGUUUAAAACCCUUAAGAGUAUUGUUUGCAAAAAUCCUCAAACCUAGGGGAAUGGUUGUAAACAUGAUAAAUAAGACUUUUCAUCUUCAUGGCAUAGUUUCCAUACUUUGACCCUGUGUUUCACAUUGUGUCCAGCACACUGGACUUUAAAAAAUGUGUUUGCAGUAUGAUAGGCUUGGUAUUAUGUUCAUUUUGAUAUCAUGUUACUCUAUGUUAUUGCUGCAUGUUUGUAUUUUUUAACUGGGUAAACAGACCCUUAAAGUGAUCCAGCUGGGUUUAGUUUGACCGAAGCACUAUUAAAUUGAAGUGUUGAGUUACAGACAGGUUUACUGGUGUCUGGUGAUACUGUCAUUAAUACACACGCUUACACAUUUCAGUCUUCUACACAUGUCCUUUAUUAUUGCUAAUUCCACACUUGCUUUGUGCUUUUAAAAGUCUCUUUGUCCAGCGAAUCUUUCGUCUGUGUAGAUGUUUGCUAUCAAACUUUGGGACCUGACGAUGUGAAAUCUUUUGUAAUUUGCAACGUACUGUACCAACAAUAUAAUGUGACUGAAUGCAAAAACGUAAAUCAAUAAAAUACAAAUUAAAAAACAACAAAAA